UGAUGGAGUUCAAAAUCCUCUGAAUUUGGACCUUAGGGUUAGUUAACGUUGUUACCUUAGUCCCGUCUCGUCUCUCCAGCUCCGUCUCCUGGCCCAGUGUAAAUGUAACUGUCAUCUGGCGGUUUUCGGCCUGCAGGUGGAACGUGAAAGUCUGAUCUUCGAUCCUUGUGAACGAGAAGGUGGGUGUAGUGCUCUGGAGUAUGCUCGCUACGCUUUCGUUGGCUUCUGGAAUGGAAUAAACAAAAAAAAUAUUCGUGCGACCACGGUGCUUGCAAAUGAUCCGCAACAUCUAGAAUAAUGAAAAAUUUAAUAAAUCCCGCUAUCCAAUGUACUUGACAUUGGUUGAUUUUACAGUAGGAGCUGGCGGCAAUCUAGGUGACAUGAAAUAAAUUUGCGGCUGUACUCUUAAAAUCGAUAAAUAUUCUAUGUUUUGUGAACUUCUUCGUAUGGUGUCCUACUCUACAUAAUUAAGAGCCAUGUAAGUUUAUUCAGGAUGGACAACGCACGAUAUAUCGAGUGUUAACGCGUAAAUUCAACUUAACUAGGCCGCGUUGUUUCAUCUGUAGUUCAAUUUGACUAUAGUUAAUAUCACAUCAAAUACAUAGAAAUUGUGUCAAAUUUUGAUUUUUUUGUAAUUUUUCUCUAGUAUUUUAACGAAGGGCAAAUUUAACUAUAGAUGGAACAACGCGGCCAAAGUCCACCUGCACGUGCUGGCUCGGUGAAAGGCUCCGUGUUAACACUUUUUCGUUCCAGGUCAUCAGCGCACCUCAAGUAUAGUAUAAUGUCGUAAUUGUUAGGCAUUAGAAGAUUAAGGAUGCAGUUAGAUCUAGCAAUUUUUAUUUGUUCGAUCAUUCGUCGUAAAGCAUAUUUAUAAAUAGAUAAUUAACUCUUAACACUCACUUGACACUUUUAGCAAUUCUUCAAUGUUCUCUGCUCGGACUCUUCUGAAUUUUUUUCCCGAAAAUGACAUGAUUCGUACUUAACAACGAAUAGUAAUACAAAUAGCUAAUAUCAAAGAUUUUUAUAUUAAACAAUAUCAAAGCAUAGACGCAUGUGCCAAUCGACUGAAUAAUCUGUAUUCCUUUCAAUAAGUAUAAUAUUUUGAUAAGAUUUUGGCAUUAGAGGUAAUCAACCGAAACGUGCGUCUAGUCAGCAAAUUGAACAGUCAGUUUACUCCAAUGGAGAUAGAGCUUUAUCAUGGUUCAGAUAAGGUUCACAAAUCAUUGAGAAGAUAUGAAACUGUGAUUGUACACCUACAUACUGAUAACCGUAACGUAAACAGAUGAUUUUGAGAUUAUAGUCAUAAAAAAUCGUACAUUCCGAAAGUAUGGUGAUAUUGUACUCACAGAGUAUUUAUAUCAAAUAAUGAGUUAUGUUUAUUGAUUUAUAAAAGUUUAGUUUAGGUCAAUGUAAGAUCUUUGAAGUCGGACUCAUACUGCUAUGUUUUUCCUGAGAAGCUAGUAGGUAUGUAGGAAUAAGUAUUUUUACAUUUUAUGGGUGGCAGACAAGCACAAUUUUGUGGCUCGCCUGAUGCUAAGUGGGUAAUAGGCAAGAUUUGAUUGUGAUACCAGAAAAUAUAAAAAAAUAAGUUGGUUAAGUUAAAGGUAUAAAGUGUGUAUUGCGUUAUUGUAAUUAAUAUUCUGAAUUGAAGUUUCUACAAAAAAAUAACAAAAUUAAAUACAAAAGGUGAACUUAGUAAUGAGAAAAUUACUCGCUUGUGCAAUUUGUUUUCACCGUGUGACAUACCUACUUAGUACAACAAAAUUAUUAAAACGAUUAAUUUAAGGACAACAUUACUCACAUUUUUGGGAUAUUUUAUAACAGAAAUAACAAUAAUUGAGAUAAGUAAUCCCAUGACCAUAAUUGUAAAUGAAUUAACGUGGUAAGGUAACAAAAGUUUACGCUUCUUUUAAAGAACUAAAUAGAAUAAUUAUUAACUCUACUAUACCUCGAUAAGCAUCUAAACCGCGUUUCCUAAAGAAUGCGAGAUGCCUUUGAAAAUAGUUCAUUUCAUAAGAACACGUAACAAGGCCCGAAAAAGUUGUCGCAAAUCGCCCUAGAGUCAGGCUCGGUCCGGUGAGCGUGACCUUGCACCUCUUGGGCGGGGGCGCCUUAGUCCGCGCCAAACGCACAGCCUGCACCACUCGUUCACGAACCACGAAACGAAACGCUUGCUUUGAAUAAAAAAAACAACCACAGACUGAUAAACUUUUCAAUCGGAAUGCUAGUUUGAACUUAGAAUAGUUUCUUUUUUUUUUGCGAAAUGUGGGGUUUGUUGUUUUGCCUCGCCGCUGCGGCGCUGGCGGUUGAGGGCGCCGGCGCGGGCGCAGCGCGCCUCGUAUGUUAUGUGGAAAACGCGCGCGCGACCGAAAGCUUUUCCGAGUGCACGCAUCUAGUGUACACGGGAAACGCGAGAGGGGAGAAGCUAGACUCGAUCCUGAAGGACUACAGAAAGAACAACCCGAAGCUCAAAAUUGUGCUGCAAGUCGAUGAGAUCGAUAAGGACCUCCGCUCUUGGCUGAAGUCUAAACACGUGCAGGGCUUGGAGAUCCACGAUGCUCACAAGUCACUCAACCGGACGAAGGUCUUGGAGACAGUGGAGAACGCACGAUCAGCACUCAGCUCCACUGGCGGUGGCCCUUUGUUCCUCGCGCUGCCUUCGCACCCUGAACUUCUGGCGAAGUACUACGAUCUGAGGGCUUUGGUGAAGAAGGUAGAUCUGAUGAUGGUCCAGACGCAUGCAUUGGGAGUAGCGAAGAACAUGACGUACCAUCCGAGUCGAUUGAGCGGACUAUGGGAUAUGAUGAAUACGGAUUCCGUCGUAGAUUUGGUGGUUGGUCUCGGGGUUCCAGCUUCGAAGGUCGUGAUCAGUUUGCCUGCUACCGCUCAGAAGUUCACCCUGCUCAACGAGACCCUCAGUACUCCCGGCAGCCCCACCAUGGAGGAUGAACCCAAGGAGAUCGACCAGGCUGAGCUAUGCAGGCUGCUGCAAAGAGACAGGUGGACGCUGGAACGAGAUCAGGACCUUUCAGGACCCUACGCUUUUAAGAACACCACAUGGAUAUCCUUCGAAGACGCGUCUUCUGUAGACGUGAAGGGUAAAUACGCCAGGGUGCGCGGCCUCGCCGGCCUCGCGCUGUACAAGGCCGACCGCGACGCUGAGACCCCGUGCGGACCGUCGCUGAAGGCUUCGCUAGCUAAAGUCCUCAACCAGCAGAGCAGGGCUCCAAGAGCUGCGAUUUUGAGGUCUCUGGAGCACGAGAUCCUGUCAGCCCCAGGGCACGCGCGAGCCCUGGACGCCCUACAAGUGUCGCCGUACCGCAUCACGCAGGUCGUCGACUCGGAUGGCGUUAUCCACUCCAUCAGAGAGGACACUAGGACCGAGUUUACUUGCUCUAGACAAGGAUAUUUUGUGCAUCCGCGCUCCUGUGCCAGAUUCUACCGCUGCGUCAAGUUCGAUCAACUCUCUCCGGAAUAUACCGUGUUCGAAUUCGACUGCCCCGCGGGUCUAGCGUUCGACUCUCGCUACGAGGUGUGCGUGUGGCCCGGCAGUCUGCCGCACUCGCAGGCAUGCCCGGGAUCCUCGGAGAUCGCACCCGUGCCCCAAUCCCGGUUCAAAUGUCCACAAUAUGAAGGAUACUACGCGGACCCCGAGAACUGCCGCUGGUUCUUCGCGUGCAUGGACCACGGGCAAUCGUCGCUGGUCGCGUACGAGUUCCGUUGUCCGUUCGGGCUCGGGUUCGAUGCAGAGAGACUCAAAUGCGACUGGCCGUGGUUGGUGCCUGCCUGUGGACACAUCGCUCGGUACGAAGCGCAAGCUCAUGGAUUCUCCACCGCUAUACUUACGGGUGCUGCAGGCUUUCAAGGACAAACAGCAGAUGCUGUGAAUGUAGCCGCUCAUCAAAGUCUCGUCUCCGGAGCGUCUCUCGACAACUUAGUCGGUAUCCAAGGAGGAUUCCUGACUAAAGCUGAUUCCUUAGAUUCUAAUUUCAUCGCUUCCCAGGAAUUAUCUAACGGACAGUAUUCCGCAAAUGGUCAAAGUUAUAAUAUAGCACACAGUGCCGAUUCUCAGCUGGGUUUGGUGCAAGCGACAAAAUAUGACGAAAACGAAAAAUAUACGAGUGGUUCAAUCAUAUUAGACGAUUACCGACUACCGACGAAAUCGAAAACUUCACAUGGUCAAAUCAAUCAAAAUGUUGGCCAAUCAAGUUUCGAACAAAGCGCUGGACAAUAUAACAAUGGUUACAGUGCAUCUUACACUGCCUUAGGAAAUGCUCAAUAUAAAACUGGCAGCAAUUACGAAGAUGAUUCUGGCGCGUAUGUUCAUGAUCCUUCGGGUGAUUACGCCGAACCCUACAGACAUGUAGAUUCUCCAGCUGAUGCAUACGUUCACAACGAUGCUGGUUACAAACAAUCCAGUGAUUACUACGACUAUAAUAGGUACUCAGGGUCUUCCCAAAGUAACUCAAAUGGAAAAUAUACUGCAGAGAACAGUGGACAAUAUGUUCAUGAUGACUCAGGCGCAUAUGUUGAUACGGGUUCUUAUAAUGGAGCGUAUAAAGAUUAUUCUGGCUCUUAUGCUGAUUAUUCCGGCACGUACAAUCAAGACAAUUCCGGGAAAUAUGAGUCGGGUGUAUAUAAAUCAGAUGCUUAUAUUGGAAAUUCUGGAUCAGAUACAGGAUUUAUUAAUAAUGCUAAAAUAAGUAGUGACAUUAAUGCUAAACAAUAUCAAGGGGCGUACAGUGCUAUUAAUUCAGGCAACUAUUUGACUGAUUCGAAAGCUUUCACAGGCGCUUCGCAUACGUUGACUGCUGGCGCGGUUAAUGUCGGUUUGGUUGGUAAAACAACUUUAGUUGAUGCUGCAUACACAGACCAAGGUAAUACUUACCAAACUAACAAUGGAUACAAUUAUGCUUCUACUGUGAGUCAUGGUUCAUCACAGAAGACUAUUCAUCCUGGUCAUGUGUCAUAUAUUUCUCAGCCCGCCGUUUCCAUUCAUCAUCUCGGAACUGAUGGUAACAAUCUGGACGGCUAUGGUUCUGUGACUACUCCUACUUCGUCUGGCAUUCCCACUACUGCUACUCCUUUCGCUGUUACAACAUCAUUGCCAGUUACGUCGUAUAAAACAACUUUUGUAUCUGAACCACCCAAGUCCAGUGUCAAACAAAUAUUUAGUAUUGCUCAACCUGAACUAACAUACGUGAAACCUGCUGUAAUAGAUGUUAAACAAGAAUACGUUACACCUAGAGUUGAAAUAACUAAUUAUAAACAAGCCGACAACUCUGGUAAUGGUUAUUCUUACACAGCUCAACAUUCUAGUCAAACUUCUGGAAAAUCUGAAUCAUCUGGAUACGAUUAUACAAAACCUGCAAUACAAUUCGAAGAAGGCGUAACUUAUACAACUCCAGCUCCCGUUGUGUCAGUAUCUACUUAUAAACCACAAGGAUUCAGCCACAGCCAGCAAACUUUACAUAGAGUGGAAUCAGUAGGGUUUGAUUACGCUACCGCUACUCCAGUCAAUGAACCACAAUUCAAGAAACUGGUGGCUUAUACUACUGGACCAUCUGUUAAUGUUCAGCCUACAGUUGCGACUGCUCAAUCAUAUAGCCAUCAAACAAUUCAUAAUGUAGGUAAUAGUAAUACUUAUAACCAAGAAUCAAAUAAUGGAUACGCCAAAGUCGAAAUUGCUAGUGAACAACCGCAACAGAUAUUUGAAGUAACAACAGCACAACCGAUUGUAGUAUCGUCUACAUAUCAACCACAAGUAUAUAGCCAAGAGACUGUUCAUCAAGUAGAUACUAACAAAGUUAAUACUUAUCAAACAUCGAACUCUGGUUAUGAAUAUAAGAAGCCUAGUGAUUCUGGAUACAAAUAUGAAUCACCACAAGUCAGAUUUGAGGAAGCGCCUAGGACCGUUUAUACAUUCUCUACUCCAGCGCCAGCGGUUUCAACGUACCAACCACAAUCGUACAGCCAUCAAACAAUUCAUAAGAUCCAAUUACAGAACUAUGUCCCAGUAUCAUCAACACCUGCUCCCAGUGUAAGACUAACUUAUCAGCAACCCACUGUAUCUACAUACGUAAAUCCAAUCUUGCAAUACACACAGAAAGUUACCCCAACAUAUGUUACUAAUGCGGAGCAGGAAUACAAAGCCUACAGUCCAUCAGUCGAUGUCAGUUCGACGAGUUAUGAAUCUAGCAUCUCUUACCAAGAGCCCAAAACAGCCAUCCAUUACACGACUGCUCAACCGGCAAUAGCUUUACAACCUGCGAUUUCUACUUAUCAACCCCAAAUUAUUAGUCAUCAAACUUUACACAACGUAGAAGCUAGUAAAGUAAAUACAUAUUCACAAGGUGAAUCAAAUUAUCAAUAUCAGAAUCUCUCACCUAAUUAUAAAGAAGAACCGCAAACGGUCAUACAGAUUUCUACCCCGGCCCCAGUUGUGAGUUCAACCUACCAACCCCAGACAUACAGUCAUCAAACAAUACAUAAAGUCGAAGCACAGAAAUUUUCUCCAGUGUUAUCCACAGUUGCUCCUGCGGUAAAACUAACGUACCAAGAGCCAACUGUAUCUAUUUAUGAAAAUCCUCUUUUGAAAUAUACUCAAAAAGCAACUUUUGUAAAACCUACCGCUACUGUUUACACUGAAAACUAUCAACCUAUUGUUCAUCAACACGAGAUCACUCACAUAAGUCAGCCCGUUCAGUAUCAGUCGGCAGCUCAAGAAUCUUUCUCUCAUCAAAAUAAUCACUUUGGACAAGAAGGUUAUUCAUACAGUCAACCAGAAAUUCAAAGAAACGAGGAACUAAUCUCCGGUAAAUCCUAUUCUGAUGCAAGCAUUGUGUCGCAUCAGGUGUACCAUCAAAACAAUGUUAAGUUGCAACCUGAGAAGGAUGUAGUGUUCGUGUCAACAACACCGUCAACGAUAGUUCAUGAAGAGCAUUAUGCCGAAUAUGAAUCGCCAAAGAUAGUACAGUAUAAGGCUCCUGAGUACAUUCCUCCGAGGGUAGCUUCAGUCCCUAUUGCACAUCAAAGUUCGAUAACUCAUCAGGCACAAGACAACAGGAAUUAUCAAUCAUUUGAUUAUUCUCAACAAUAUGAAACGGUUCCAGAUGUACCAGUUCAACAAAUCUCGUUCAGUACGUCUCAUAUAUCACAACCGAGGAAAGAAUCUGUUCACUUAUCUUCAUUCCCUGGAACUAAAGUAGUUACGAAAUAUAAACAACUUGCUCAAGAAAAUUAUAAAGCUAAUGAAUAUUUACCGCCUGUUGAGGCAUCAUCCAUCCCCAUAGUAUCGUCUACCUACGAAACAGUCAGUUCAACUACAAGGGAAUAUUUACCUCCUGUUUCAGUAACAAGAUUCGAUAGUGAAAAAACAUACAAUCCUUCUACUACUACACAAGAACCACCUUACCAAUACGUGGACUAUAAUACGCAAUAUCAAGCACCUGAUUAUUUACCGCCUUCAGACGAUAGUGCAUCUAAAUCAGUCAAUUUUGAAAGCUUCGGUUUGAAAAAUUCAAAGGAAUCAUCGAAAAUUCAGUACAAUCCUUAUCAGGAACAAAGAAUCGUAUCUUCCACCUAUGCACCAGUACAAAGGAAACAAAAUAUCGUAGUGGAAACUUCAAAAUCAAAUUUACUUGGAUUCGGUACAGUCGGUCCAGAUGCUGGGCUAGUCUCCACAGCUAGUUUUACCACAUCGGAACCAAUUGUGUCGACAACAUACAGGCCGAUUGUUAAAUCUACUACGAGUGCACCGGUAUAUAAAUACGUUGAAUCUACUACACCUUUUAGAGCGCGCGAAUACUUACCGCCUUCGGAAGAAUCUAAAGAUGCGGCUUCCGUCGGAAGAUAUGAAUUGAACAAUUAUGACCGAUCGAAUAUUAGAAAUCCUUACAGAGUAGCUUCGACGGGAUCUUAUCAGAGGAAACAAAAUAUAGUGGUAGAGACAGCCAAAUCGAACUUGCUUGGUUUUGGUACUGUAGGUCCUGACGCGGGUCUUGUUUCACCUGUUGCAUACUCUACAGAGCCAGUUGUGGUGUCCAGUCCAUACUCUUCUACACCACAGAUUGUGACAACACCUUACUAUAAACAAGAAAUAGUUGAAGUCACUCCAGCAGCGAUCCCAGUACGGAGAACAAAACCAAAAGUAGCUGUAGUUACUAAAAUAAAUGAUUUUAAUCCGCUACUUGUGAGAAAAUUAGGAGCUGUCUGUAGUUGUCAGUCGCCCGUGCUUGUUCUUAAAGGGAAAAGGCCCAAUGUGCAGGUUCAACAAGACUUUGACGAUUACAGUGAUAUAAUAGAUUACAAUGGUCGUGGUGAUAUCCAAAAUAACGAAUGGGCACAGAAAUCAUCCAGAUUAAGAGUACAGAACGUGAAAAGUGUCACUACCAGCCCUGUUGUUACGUCAACAUUUAAUCCUAUAAUUGUUCCCGAUGAUUCAUACUAUCAGGAUUUCGAAGAAGAAAACAAUUACGAAUCUGCCUCGCCUAAAGGAGGGCGUUUAUAUUCAGAGAACUAUGUUUCAAGCACACCAUUUGUGGUUUCCACCACUGAAAAAGUAGUUAAAAUACGACCACGCGUUAAAACAGUGACAUUGGCGCCUACAUACAAGACUGUAUUAUUAAAUCAAGAGGUUGCCCCCACUGUCAUUGCUAAACAAUCAGAACCUUUAAGAACAACAGUAGACUCUCAAGCGUUUGAUAGAUACGGUCCUGGAGGUUUAAGAAGUAGAGAUGAGACCUUGCAAGGGUCAGUAGACUGUCAAAGAGCCGGUUUAUUCCGUCAUCCCAAACAAUGUAACAAAUUCUACGCCUGUAGGUGGGACUGUACGAAACAAAGAUUUACUCUCCAUGUUUUCAACUGUCCUGUUCAAUUGAGCUUUGAUGAAUCUUUGGGUGCUUGUAACUGGCCCAGUCAAGGUCCCGCUUGCCAAGGUGAUACAUUACUCACCAAUAAUCUGUAAAUAAUGCUACCAUACUUGCUACGAAAAUAAAUCUCCUCGUGCCAUUGAAAACAUGAUCGAAAUCUUCUAUCAUUAUUAAUUUUUAUGAAGGUAGUUAAAAGUCUCUCUAUUUGUAAUCUUUUAAGCUUAUUUAUUUGUUUGGUUUUGUUAAUGUUAUUUUUAUUAAGUUAUUUAUUACUCAUUCAAUGUGCUUGAGCUUCCAUCACAACAUUUGACACCUAUGAAUCAUUAGUUGUUACCAAUGCCUAGUUCAUUUAGCGUUACGUUUUGUAUAAUUAGUAAAGUCAUAUUUUGUAUGUUUAUAAUUGAUAAAUAAAAUAAAUAUAGAAUUAAACGCUGUGUAAAUAUAUCAUUUUAUUGAAUAAAAGUUAUUUUCAUUAUUACGUGCCCAAAUAAAGAGUUAAAUACUUAAUGCAACUGGUUUUUCGACAGAAGCUAGAGUGUUUGCAUAUUUAGAAAUUAUAGGAUCUAUCUCUUCCUCAAUAAAUUCAGUAACCUGUUCGGGAGCUCUGCCGAUGAAAGUUGAUGCGUCUAAAAUGUUAUCCAACUGUGGUAUAAUAGGAGCAAAGUAUGGGUCGUUCUUUACUCGGGCUAUCAAAUCGUUGUCUUUACCGUGUUGUUUAACUUGAGCUCCAGCUUCAUGAGAUAGAACUCUUAUUUUUUCGUGGCAGACUUGACGAUCGCCUCCUUUUUGCACCAUUGCCAUAAUAAUAUUUUCCGUUGCCAUGAACGGAAGUUCCUGGUUAAUAUUACGGGCGAUCACUUUGGGAUAUACGACUAACCCUUGGCAUAUAUUCAGUAGAGUUAAUAAUGUUGCAUCAGCUGUAAGAAAUGCUUCUGCGAGAGUAAUUCGGCGAUUGGCAGAGUCAUCUAGGGUGCGUUCUAGCCAUUGAACGGCGUGAGUAUUCGCUGCAUUUGCGUGCAGAGUAAUUAAAUGACGGGCAAGAGCACAGCAGCGUUCCGAGCGCAUAGGAUUUCUUUUAUAAGGCAUAGCACUUGAUCCAAUUUGGGAAGCUUCGAAUGGUUCUUCUAACUCUUUGCGUGACGCCAAUAUGCGAAUGUCAGAACACAUCUUAUGUACAGUAGCUCCAAGUCCUGAUAGUGCAGUGAUGACUUCCAAGUCUACUUUUCUGGAGUAAGUUUGACCGGUGACAAUGUAUCGUUUAUCAAAACCGGCUAGUUCUGCGACUCUUUUGUCCAAAGCUUUCACUUUAAGACCGUCACCUUUGAAAAGCUGUAGGAACGAUGCUUGUGUGCCCGUAGUACCUUUGACGCCACGGAAACGAAGGUCGUCUCUUGCGCGAGAAAGAGCUCGCUCAUCCAUAAGUAAAUCACUAAGCCAGAGCGAAGCUCGUUUCCCAACGGUGGUCAAUUGGGCUGGUUGGAGGUGUGUGAAUCCAAGAAUAGGGACCGAUCUGAAAAUACAAAUAACAGAUACGUUUAACAAAUUAUAAAGUUUUAAAGCUUUUCUUACUAUUUUCAUAUUAUGGAAAUCGGUCACCAUAGCUCUAUAACUAAGUAUCUAAACGCUUGCAAAAAAAUGCGCGCUUGCAAUACAAGAGUUGGGCAUUGCCUACUCUGAUCUCAUCCCGUACACGUGGAAGACUGGGACUUUGUUUUACUGUGGCUUUGGUUUCUCAUAAACGGACGUUCCAAUUCAAGCGAGAGUCCGACAUACGCUACCUCACUUCGUAAAAAUAUGGACUUGCUGACUGGUAUAAUGACGGAUGUGACAAAACAAUAAAAACCAACAUGAUAGUCGUGUUUUAGUAGCGUGGCAGUCCUCACGACUAUUGCGUGAUUGUAUUUAAGUUGUUUGAAUGCAAUGCAUUGUUUACUUUCGUGACAUCCUACAUAAGAGCUGAAUGUUUGUAUGUUUGUAUAUUUGUUACUCAAUCGCGAAAAAACGGGUGAACGGAUUUGGAUAAAAUUUGGCACACGAAAUUAUGUUCUAUGUUAUAGGAUAUGGUUUCCGCACUCCAUUACGUGGUUUCAUUACAUUUGGACGUUAGCCCGUAUUCUGGUUCACGAAAGACAUUACUUGAAUUCGGGCACCCGUAGCAAUAUUUACACUGGAAUACGGACUGGAAGACGGUGUUUGGUAACCAAAACGAAAAUUACCCUAAUACGGGUAAAUGACUAAUUAUAAAUGGCUCCGUUCAUUUACAAUUAGACGUUUACCCGUAUUCCAACGACCAAGUAUAAUCGCGUCAUUAGUUGCUUAAGUGGACCCUAUAGAUUACCUGAAUUGAGACAUAAGGUACUUUUUAUCCCGAAAGAAUUUUAGGUUGCUGGGGGAUUCGCAAAAAACUAAAUUUAACGGACACGAAGACUUGGGCGGCCGUUAGUAAUAUUAUAAUGUGAAAGUUUGUAUGUAUGUUACUACUCAAUCACACAAAAUCGACUGAAAGGAUUAAUUUGAAAACACACAGACAACUUAAAUUUUACACACUGAUAACUUUACUUAUAACCUGGAAAGUGAGAUAGGUAUUUUUUUAUGCCGGUUCCUGAAGGAUUUAAAAAAAAGCUAAAGUUAAACGGCGAAGUCGGGCGGUCGCUAGUAGACAAUAAAAUAAUCGUAAUGCUGGAUGUUUAAAGCUUCAGAAAAUAUUACUAGAAAAAAAGGCUUCGCUGCCUAAGAAAUGUUAGAGAAAAUUCGACAUAGCUAGAAUAGCUAAGGGUGUAGGUUCGAGUCUCGUCUGAUGCCCGGGCCGCGUGGAAUUUUUUCUAGUAAUAUAUAUACAGGGUGGCCGGGGAGUUGACGUUCAAGCGUAAAAUUUAGAUACUUUAUGAUGAGGAGUAUCUAAAUCACCCCCAUG